UGCGCGACGGGAGCUGAUGGCGGCGGGGCUGGCGGAGGGUCUCACCGAGGACGAGGAGGCGGGGAAGACUCCAGGCAGCGCGAGGAGGCCCCGGCGGUACCGACAUACCGAACCAGAAUCCCACAGCGAGGACGGAUGGAGCGUGAGUCAGUGCGCCUUCAGUAGUCAUGACAACUGCAGCCAACGCACACGUGACCGCGAGAGGCAAAAUUAACACUGAUGUCAAAAUAUUAUGCUGUUGAAGUGCAGGUGGGAUUGCCUCGGCCGCCAUCUCGUCUCCUCCAGCCGUCGUGUCCCCGCCGCGCGGCGCUCAACGCAUUUUGCCUGCUAGCGUAGCUUGUGACCUCUGUAUUGUCAAAACGCUCGCGCGCUAACAACUCAAGACAGUUCGCCUAGCAGUUAGCCGCUAAAAGCUAGAAAAGCACAAUUGACUUGGCGUAAUAACAAUGGAACCACGAGGAUUGGCCUACAUGUACAGUGGCUAGCAGGUCGUUGGCGCAAGCAGUUAGCAGUGGCGCGGGACUAGGGAAGUGGGCAGAGCGGGGGUGCGAUGGAGUACCACUCCGGUGGCAGCCUGCCCCUGCUGGGGAGACCGCGCUACUGCCCUGGCGCCAACGCUAACGGCGGCUACCUGUGCGAGACGGGUCACUGCUGCGGCGAGACGGGAUGCUGCACGUACUACUACGAGCUGUGGUGGUUCUGGCUGCUGUGGACGGCGCUCAUCAUGUUCAGCUGCUGUUGCGCGUAUCGCCACCGGCGGGCCAAAGUGCGAGCUCAGCAGCAGCAGCGGCGCCAGCGAGAGAUCAGCCUGCUGGCGUACCAGGGCACCGCCUCCUACCCGUCCUCCAUGCUGGACCUCAGUUUCCUGGCGUCGCUCAAGCUGCCGUCGUACGAGGAGGUGGCGGCGCAGCCCUCCACGCCGCCGCCCCCUUACAGCUCCGUCUUCACGGCGCCGCGCUACCCGCAGCCCCCCCGCGCCGCUGACCCCCACUUGCUCUUGCAGCACGACCCGCUGCUGCACCGGCCGCUCAGCGACGCCCCCUCCUCGCUCAGCUCGGACAACAGCUCCAGCUGCUCCUGUGACUCCUGCUGCCCUUCGUCUCCGUGCAGCUCCUUCCCCUCUGCUCCCUUGACCUAUGAGACGGACACAAGCCACGCCUCCACGCCCAGUGAGUUGGCAGCCCUUCCUUUUGAUGUCGCCGCGGAGACCACUCCGCGGGCUCCUCCUUCGCCCGUCCACGCAGACACGGCCGCCGCCUCAAAAACCAGCUCGCCGCGGCCCACGAGUCCGCCGGCGAACCCCGGCCCCCCUCCGCUCGUAGACCCUGAGUAUGUCCCCAAGAAGCCAGGGUCGCCCGGGUCCAGCGAGUGCAAGGCCCCCUCCGCCUACUCCCCCCCUUCCACCUCUUUACUCCUGGACCCGCCCCAACCCGCCCGGCCCACUCAGGCCCCGCCCAAGCAGACGCUCUUUUCGCCGUGCGUGGAUGUAAUUCGAGCAGAGACAGACGAGGAGGGGGACCAAGACAACGUGGACGCCGACGCGAGCCAGUACCGCCACCGGAGACUGACCGGCGACUCGGGCAUCGAAGUGUGCCGCUGCCGCGUGCAAGGGCAGGAGGCGCGGGAGGAGGACGCCGAGACAGAGAGCACCGCUGGGGGAAAGAACUCUGAUCUCCACGACAGCGUGGACUGUCCCUCCAAGUGUGCCGCCACGCCGUGCCACCCCCACGAGGAGGCGGGCGAGGUCGUGGUUGUCGUGGAGACGGCGUGAUAGUCAGUGGCGGUGGUCGUGCCAGAUGAGUGACAAGCCUGUCCGCAGCCGUCCAUCUUUAUUUCUCGGAGACUCCCCACUCUCAUCUGCUUCCCGAUUGGACAUGGAAGUAAAGACAUCCUCUUUGCCACGGAGGCGUUCUGAUUGGACAUGGAUAUUUCCGGUGGGACUUGUACAUUACCUGAUUGAAUGUGGACACAUCCUGAUUAGACGUAUAUUUCAGGUUGGACACUUCCUGUGUAGACGUGGACGUCCGGUUUGACAUGGACACGGAUUUUAUUCGGGACAUGUACACUUCCUCAUUGGACAUAGACACUUCGUGUUUUAACGUAGACACAUCCAGUGUGACAUUUUCACUUCUGGACUGGACCUGUGUACUAUCUGAUUGGUCAUGUGUACUUCCUGAUUGGACAUAGAUACUUCCCGUUUCUCUUUCAAUUUUGGACUUGGACACUUCCUGUUCCGGACAUUGAUAGCUCCUGAUUGUACGAGUACACGCCUUGAUCGGAUGUGUACGCUUCCUGAUUGGAAAUGUACACUUCCGGUUGGGCAUGUAGACAUCCGGUUCGGACAUGUGCACUUCCUGAUCGGUCAUGUACACCUUCUGAUUGGUCAGCUGCACUUCUAUAUCGGACAUGGACACUUCCUGAUUUGACAUGAACUCUUCCUGUUUGGAUAUGGAAACUUCCUGAUGUACCGUUUACUUAACAGACAGGUGAGUGGAAAUUAAGGCUCCACCCCUCCUUCGUGCGUUAGAUGUGGUGCUUUUCUUCUUCUUUAGCUGAGGGACUGCAGCUGCAGCGCGCCCUCUGUGGUGGACUACUGUUACUACAGCUAGCCAAGUUUGUAGCGCUCUUCUUUCUCUUUUUGUCACCUUUUACUCUUGUCAGAACACAGAACAUGAUUGUGAGUACGCCGACCCACUGCUAGCCAGAUGCUAACUCCCUAGGAGCCUAUCGCUAAUCACCAGUAGCACACAAAGUUUGUCACCUUAAAAAAAAAAAAUGGUGGAGAAAGUUUGAAAAGAAGCACCUAAUCUCCUGUAAAGCCAUUAAAACGAAUGUGUUCCCGUUUUUUUUUUUUUUUUUUUUUGGCUUCCACGCCACACCAUUUGCGUCUGGUUUAGCACUUGUACGCGUUGACGGAUUCAGUUUUUCUCUGCUCGUCGUUACUUCCUGUUUGUGUCGUGACGAGCCAUUAACGAGGCCAAUUCUUAUUCUGACGCUCUUGAAUAUGUGUUUUUGUGUGUGAGCUGUGCUAAAUAAAUGGAUCACGUGU